UCAAUAUGGUUACCGCGGCUCGAGUUAGAUAUAUUAUUGGGUGCGAUAAGCAUGUACGUGAUUGAUUGGAGAUAAAUAUCAGGAACCGAACCUUAAAGCGAAACCAAAAUGGAAAUAAAAUCAGACGAGGACAGAAUUUCUGUCUGGUUUGAAAAUGAAGUGUCUCAUUUUAAAAUAGAGGAUUUGAAUCCAGAUACCAUCGCUGAAACGAUAGGUUUGGACUUCAAACCGACAACCCUAAUUCACAAAGUAACUAAAAAUGUUAUCAAGUUAUCAAAAAUAGAUGAAUUUAAAGUAGGACAACAAUACAAAAUCAAAUCUAGAAUUAAUUCAACCAAAUCUAAAGACUUGUUACUUUGGGACAGUGACAGUUUUAAACACAUUCUUCAAAACACUGUUAUACUAAGCAAAUCUGCUUAUUGCUUAACUGACGAAGAAUGCAAAAGUUUCUUAAAAAUGAAUAUGACCAAACACUAUGUUGAAAAUAUCUUUAGAAGCCAGGAUGAUUCAUGUCCAUUUAUUGUGGCUGAAGAACUUAUAAGUAAUAGGGUUUACAUUUCUUUCAGAGGAUCUCAAUCGAUAAGUGACUGGAAAGAAUGUAUGAAAGCUUUCAAGUGUCCAAACAUUUCAAGCACUAUCUCCACUGGAAAAUUUCAUGCUGGAUUUCUUAAUCGAGCAAAAAAGUUUCCACUUCAGAAAGUUCUUAAUAAUAAAGAUUUUGCAGAAAAAAGUUUUGUCUUUUGUGGUCACUCUAUGGGUGGAGCUGUUGCAACAAUUGUGGCAAUCUUUGCAAUAGUUGAAGAGGAAAAGAAAAGAAAAGCAACAGGUAAAAGUGACAAGAAUAGGCAAAUUACAUGUUUUACAUUUGGAGCACCUCUGGUAGGAGACUUGAAACUAAAACAGUUUUGUGACAAGAAUGGUAUCUCCAAGUAUCUGUAUCAUUCUGUCAAUUUUAUGGAUCCAAUCCCAAGACUACUAUCCUAUGGAAUAUGUCUUGAAGCAAUGUCAAAAAAAAUCAAUGAACAAGUUGCAGCUCUUGUUCAAUGCUUAAGCAAAGAAAGUUCUGAACACUUUGAUAAAAAAAAAAAUGAUUUGAUUAAACAAAAAUCAGACUAUGUUGAGAUGUUAGGUAAAGUUGCUCCAAUUCUUGAAAUGACACUGAACUUUGCUUGCUGUGUGACUCCUAAAGAUUCUCAACUUCGUAACAUUGCUAGUAUGGGAAAGGAUAUUAUUGCAUCAAUUCAAAGCAUGGAAUCUUUCCGCAAAGAUGAAACUAAUAAUCUUUACAUGGAAAUUGGAAACUUUUUGUUUCUUAGUGACUCAAAAAACGAGUCUGUCAAGGCUCCGUUCAACAAAUUAACACUGAUUCAAGAACACAUGGAGUUCUCCAAAAAACUUUGCUUUGAUCAGAAUAUCAUUGCUCAUAAUCUUGAAAAUUAUGAGGAAACACUAAAAAUCUGGGGAAUUCCAAGCAGUCCUUUUUCAGUUGUUCUACAAUGUGGUAUUGGCCAAGAUAGUUUUUUUGAGGGGCGAACUAUCAAGUUAAUAAAUCCUUAUCUUCCAAAGAUUGAUGAAGCUCUACUGACUAAGUUAUUUUCAGAAAAAAACAACCUUUUAAGACUUCGACUAACUGGUAUUAAUCUUGACUGCAUUGUUAUUGAAAAAUGUAAUUUUAAUCUUGGUUUUCCAUUCGGAAAUAAUGUUGACAAAAUCCGAAUGAGCAUAACAGUUGAUGAUUCUAUAGACGUUGUCCACUUAGACCAGAACUUGGACAUUAAUGAUGAUAUCAACUUGUCAGACCAUGGAACUGAAAUCAUUGUUACAACUCUUUUUGGAAGCUGUCGUUACCAACUAAAAAAAGAUCAGCUUCGAGAGUUAAAUGUUUUGAGUGUGAGCCAGUUUAUGCACAAUGAUAACGUUUCAAAGCUAAUCAAAAUGGCUAUUCAACGUGGAAUAGGAAUGGCAGAAAUUAAUAAAAUUAGUUCUGGAUUCAACAAAUCGUAUUUAGAUGUACCAAUUGUUAAAAAGGUGAAAAAACUGGCAGGUCUUUGCUCAAUUAAAAAUGAAAUCCAAGACGCAAACAAAAUUUUUUGCUAUGAAGCUGAAAAAGCAAACUUUAUUUUGAGCAACGAGAUGGAAUACGAAAAAAUCAAGAAACUUUGCGAUAUGAUUUCAGACUACCUUAAAUCUCCACUGAAAAUUGAGGCACAAACAUCAGUCACGAAAAUGAUUGGUUUAACAAUUGCAACUGUGACUGGUGGUGGUAUCUUUGCUGUUGCAGCUGGACCAGGAUUACUAAUGAUUGGAGCCAUCGAAGCUGUUUCUGGUAUUUUAAUGACAGGUGUUGGAGUCUUUGGAGGUUUAGGAACUGGAAUUGUCACACACUUACUAUGGAAAGAAUCCAUUGUUGAAGAAAACUAUCGGGAAAUUCUCAACUACAUUCUCAAAAUACUCAUCAAGCAUUCCAAAAAUGAGAAAGAAAAAGAUGAAAUAAAAAUUCAAAAAGUUUCUGACUUAAGGGAAGAUGGCUCAACUCAUAGCUUAGAAAAGGCUCUUCUAAUGGUUUACAACAAGGCCAAAGGAGUUGAAAACUUCUCAGGAACAGAUCUGGAAAAAUGUUCAACAAAUUCAAAAGAAAUGAUUGUCCAAAGGAUCAAAUGUAUCAAGGUGAUUCAUCAAAUCAGAGAAAUUUUAUCAAAGCAAUGUUACAUUGGAGUUGUUGGAAUUCAGAAUGCAGGAAAAACUACUCUGUUAAAAAAAAUAUGGGAUAUACAAGGAGAAGUUGGAAUGUUAAAACACACAACAAAGCCACAAACAUAUAAAAUUAACAAGAAUAUUUAUGUUGUUGACUUCCCUGGCAACAACAGCUUAGACUACCACUCUAAGACAUUUUCCAUAUGUGGAUCAAUGAACAACCUCAUUAUUCUUGUCACCCUUUUUACUGGAGACAUCAAUGAAAUGAUUAGUAAAGAAAUUGCAAAUGUCUUCAAGGUCAUGGAAGGAUCUGACUCCACUAAAGUCAUUCUUUGCAUCAAUCAAUGUGGUCCAAAGCUGAAAGAUUUGAUGGCAGAACUUGAGGAAAUCAAAAACGAACCCGAACAUCCGAACGACGAACUGUGGAUGAAAAAUUUAAAACAAAAAAAAACUGGAAUGGCGACAUCAUUGGCUCAAAAAUUUUCAGACAAGCUAAAUGAGUACUACAAGGGAAAGUUCUGCAUUAGCCAUAAUGAUAUUCUUUUUACUGAUUGGAUGGUUGGGGACGAAAGUUCUGGCGAUUCUUCAACAUUUGGUCUUUUUGGAGUUGAAGAAAUUAAGAAAAGAAUUCGAGAAUAUUUAAUUCAGUACAACAUCUACGAUAAGAAUGACGAGGAACUGAACAAAUGUUUCGAGAAAAGAAUGAUAUUGAAAUAGUAUUACUUUUACAAAAAUCAUUUGUACAGACAAAAAUCAUUUGUAAAGUCAUUUAAUAUUUUAUAAUAAAGUAACUUUUUGUACAUUUAACAUAAAACAUUUUUAAUAUAAUAACCAUUUGUACAUGAUAACUUUUUCAUUGUAAGGAAAAUAAAUAUUUUAACCUAA